GUAAUGUUGGAAGGAGAGGAUGUUUUCCUUUGGAUAAAAACAAUAUGGACUAAUGUCAGUUUGACGAGGUUGUCACCAAGUUUAAUGGAUUUAGAAUUCCGAGGGACAGUGGAAGCCCGGGGGUGGGUCUACUUGUCGCAAGAUGGGGAGAAAGCUAUGAUCAUAGAGUUGGCACUUGGGAAUACGCCGGACGAGUUGUUUAGGAAGGCCGAAGCGGAGGUUGUGUGGGUUGCAUGUCAACGGAGGGAAAUGGAAAUGGAAAAGGUAGACGUACGGGUGAAACUUGGGGAUAGAGGAAGCAUGAGGCGAAUCGGUCGAAAUAAGCCUGCCGGCAAGAAAUAUGGUAGGCAAUCCGGUAAUGGACUGGGUGGGGGUAGAGUUGGUGGAAGAUACGGCGUACCUAGUAGGCUAGUAGUGAAGCUGGAAUGGCGGGUGAGAGGGGAGUUCGGGGGCGUAGACUUGAACCGCCCAGAGCGUGUACAUGCGACGGGAUCCUUACACCUGUCGGAAGAGGGAUGGCGGACCUUUGGGAUUGCUUUGGCUUCCGGGGAGGACCCCGUGCGAAUGUUCGAAGGGGCAUGGCAAGCGACUUGGCGGGAGGGGUUUGAGUUUGCAGAUCCGAAACGAGAUGACGUGACAGUUGAGGUAAAAGUCGCCACAUCAGGGGUUUUUGAGCUGCCAAAUGAGGUCGUACGGAUGAGUCUACCACCCUUCCUGCUAAGACGAAUGGGAGGCAUAGAACGAGUGGAGCAGGCGGUGACUGCCGUAACUAGGCUAAAUUUUGACGAAGCAUUAAGGUAUCGAGAAUACUAUCGGGCCUUCCUAGAGAUGGGGCCUUUCGGGGACGAACAAGGGCGCGAGGUGCUUUGCAUUCUACGAGCUGCGGUAAAUACUAUGUCAGGAUUCCCACAAAUAAGCGAUGAGACCAUGUGGAGAGUCAUCCGACGAGAGGAAACCACCAAAGUAACAAUGGCAGCAAGACAACUAGGCAAAAUGGCAACGGAGGAGGAGACAGAUAAUCGUAAGAGUGAAGGAGAACCAGGCUUAGAAGGCAGUGCCGCGCAAAGCGAAGGGGUGCAGAAGGACAGAGAAUCGAUAAAUCCGGAUGGUACCAAAGGAAACCGGAAGAAAAUCUCCACAGGAGAAAGCUCGAGGAAAGCCGGGGGAAGCAGGCAAGGGACCCAGGGGACCAAGGAAGGCAGAAAUAAGGAUAGGACAAGUCCCCGAAACUCGGAAGGAGCCAUGCCUAAGAAAGUAAGGGUCACAGACACGAGGCGCAAACUAGCCGAGAUAGACAAAAGGACCGCGGAAUACAAGGCAAGACUGAUUGAGGAAAUGAUGACUGGGAACGACGAAGGUCCUCUGCAGGUGGAACCCCGGGACGAACGGAAAGCCAGCCAAGGUGGGACUGGACAAGGGGAUAAAGGUAGUAACCGUGGGGGAACGCCGAGCAAGAGAAGGAAAGAGAGAGAGAACUCUCCGGGGAUGGAAGCGGAAAAGGCUACGACUCCGGCAGCCAUGGGCAGUAGGGCUAGCCGCUUGCCGAUCACGUCAGCAGUAGCGCGAGGAUGCGAAGGACUUUGGAGCCUUAGGGAAAGAGUGUUGGGAUGGUUUGACCCGGAAGGAACUAUGAAAACCAGAGAGGGACAGAAGGUCGGCAAGGAAAGUCCGGAUAACAGUGUGUCAGGCGAGGCCAGCAGCUCCGAGGGCGGCCUUAAGAAAAUAAUGUCGUCCCUCGCGCGAGCACUAAACAAAAAUCAAGGCUAUCUGGCAGACGCCAAGAAAAAGUUGACUUUCGAUGGAGCAAACGUCAUGGAGUUCCUAAACGACUACGAGAACCUAACUGCGUUACUAAAGUGGACCGAGGAGGAAAAGAUGGACCAUCUAGGACAGCAUGUGUCGUUAAGCCUAGGACGCGACAUGAUGGCUAUUGUAGCCGCAAGCCGGUCUUGGAAGGAGACCCGAGAUGUGAUGAUGAGGAAGUACCUAGCAGCAGAGAAAAUGGCAACGGAGGCCGACCUAGCGGCAGUUCAGAGGAAGAACUUCGCAACGUACAAUGAUUUCCUACGGGAAUUUACUCUGGUAGCACUAAGGAUCCCCGGGGUCACGGACCGGAUAAUGAGCAAAUAUUUCCUCAGGCAGUACUCCGAGUUCGACAAAGACAAGAUCCUGUCAGCUUACCAACAGACGAGCAAGUUCGUAAACACGCAGGAUGUUGAUUUUAGCACGGUAACAGAUCUGGCUGAGAAAAUGGUAGUAACGGAGACGUUGGCCUUGCUCAAGGAAGGAGAGAUCAUAGAUCUGACCGAAGUCGAACCGGUGGGCGAGAUCAUCUGGGAUCAGCUCCGGGGGCGCCGACCGCAGGCCAACUUUAUUUUGGAAAGCGACGGACGUGAUAGGGUGAACGCAACCACUCGACUGGGAACGGCCAGGAAAAAGAUUAACCGUGACACCAUUAUGGAGGAGGUCGCUGGAAGCUCCGAACCCCAGGCAGAGCCUGAGGCCGAGGAACCAGAGAAAGUCUAUAGGAAGCCUAGGGAAGAGGAGCCUGCGGACAAGGCUACCGCCGCUAAGAAGAAGUUUCGGUAUCAAAUCCCGAUCUUAACCUUGCCUGAGCUUGACGACACCAUUAGCAAGUUACUAGGAACCAUGGUGUUGGUGUCUUUUCAGACCAUGCUGCAGGCUAACCCUAAGUUGCUCAAAGGGCUCAGACAACUGUUAACUCGAAGGCGAGUAGAAAUAGGCGACAACCCCGAAUUACCAGAAGGGGAGAGGGAGGAGGAAGCUCCGCAAGAAGUGGCUAACCUUCAGAGGAGUCACGGUGUGGGGGUAACCCGAUUUCAGGCGGCGCACUGCUUGUGGCCGCCUGACAACGGGGACUUGGAGGAUCUCGAAAAGGCCUUUGCAGACAUUCGUUUGAGCUUGCCCGACCGAGAGGGCGGCGAAGUCAUGAGAUCGCCACCCGGGACGAAGCUUAGCUUUCAUGCACUGCCCGUAGGGAAACUGAAAAUCCAGAUCGGGACUCAUCAUACCGACGCAUUAGUAGACGGGGGAGCAGAAAUCACUCUCAUAAGAAUAGAUUUCGCAACGAUCACAGGAUGUACGGUAAACAAGGAAGUAACAGGGAGCAUCCGGGGAGCUGGCGGGGAAAUCCCGUUCGCUGGGUACGUCAUGAAGUAUGCUAUAAAGGCAGGGGUCAGGGAAUCCAUCUGGUCGUUUCAGCGGAUGACCGUAAUGGAGGAGAUGAACCACGACAUAAUCCUCGGGAGACCGUGGUGCGCGAACGUGGAGAUGAUAGGCAUGCACUUGCACGAUGGCUCAUACAUGGUAGACAUAGGACCCUGUGACCGGCCGGGGAGAGCUCUUUCGACUCCUUGGAACGGGAGGAGACCCCCCGAAGGGGAAAUUGGCAACAUGGUCGCCGUCGUUCGAGGAUAGCACGCGAAAAGGGGUUUUCGCACGGAUGGAGGGUAUGAGAGAAAUGGUAGAAAUCAUGAUUGAGGAAGCAUUCAACAAGAAGGAGUGGAUCAAGAUGGGCCUGCCCCAAAAGAAGAGGAGGCAGGAGGACGAGGUCCUAGGUGUUAUGGUAGCGGAAAAGAGGUCAGAGGUCGAACUUGGUGUUAGCCUGCCCAAACGGAAGGAAGUACGCAUAGACGUGCCGGAAAUCG